AUGGCCCGGAGGUACAAUGAGCUGCCCCACUACCCUGGUGUCGCGGACGGCCCCGCAGCCCUGGCUGGCUUCCCUGAGGCCACAAGAGCCCAGGGGCCCUACAGCUCCCACCGGCCUCCUCAGCCCCCACCCCCGGGCUUGGACAGUGACAGCCUGAAGAGGGAAAAGGAUGAGAUUUACGGACACCCCCUCUUCCCCCUGCUGGCCUUGGUCUUUGAGAAGUGUGAACUGGCCACGUGCUCCCCCCGUGAUGGGGCUGGGACUGGGCUGGGCACACCCCCCGGUGGAGACGUCUGCUCAUCCGAUUCCUUCAACGAGGACAUUGCCGCCUUCGCCAAGCAGGUCCGCUCCGAGAGGCCCCUCUUCUCCUCCAACCCAGAGCUGGACAAUCUGAUGAUACAGGCCAUUCGGGUGCUCCGCGUCCAUCUGCUGGAGCUGGAGAAGGUCCAUGACCUGUGCGACAACUUCUGUCACCGCUACAUCACCUGCCUCAAGGGGAAGAUGCCCAUCGACUUGGUCAUCGAGGAUCGGGAUGGCGGCUGCAGAGAGGACCUCGAGGACUACCCGGCUUCCUGCCCCAGCCUCCCUGACCAGAAUACUACGUGGAUCCGAGACCACGAGGACAGUGGUUCUGUACAUUUGGGGACCCCAGGUCCAUCCAGUGGGGGCCUGGCUUCCCAGAGUGGGGACAACUCCAGUGACCAAGGAGAUGGGCUGGAUACAAGCAUGGCUUCUCCCAGCUCUGGGGGAGAGGACGAGGAGUUGGACCAGGAGAGGAGGCGGAAUAAGAAGAGAGGGAUCUUCCCCAAGGUGGCCACCAACAUCAUGAGAGCCUGGUUGUUCCAGCAUCUCUCGGUGAGAUCCUGCCCCACCUCGCUGGCUCCCCGGCCCUGCCACAGCCUGGAGGCGCCGUCCCCGGGAACCUGGCGGGCCUUGGGGACCAGGCGACGGGCGGGCAAGCAGGAUGACCCUUGCUGGUGGCCACAGCACCCGUAUCCCUCGGAGGAGCAGAAGAAACAGUUGGCGCAGGACACCGGGCUCACCAUCCUGCAGGUUAACAACUGGUUCAUUAACGCCCGGAGACGAAUAGUACAGCCCAUGAUCGAUCAAUCCAACCGUACAGGGCAGGCUGCAGCCUUCAGCCCCGAAGGCCAGCCCGUGGGGGGCUACACAGAGACUCAGUCACACAUGACCUCCAGGCCGCCAGGAUCAAUGGGAAUGAGUUUGAACUUAGAAGGAGAAUGGCAUUAUCUCUAG